AUGAAUAAUAACUUACCAUUUUUGCUCUUUCUGACGCAGUUGUUCUUGGAAUCGUUGCAAACAUUCGAAGAUCGAGCACCUACAAUAGAACAUUCUCGUGAAACAACGAUUGAAAAGGGAUUUGUUGGAUUGGCUUGUCAUCAUUAUCAUCAUCAUUAUGAUCGUCGUCAAUUAAGGAAUCUUGAGACAUGGUGUCUAAGAAAAUGA